AUGAGCAGCUUGGAAACAAUGGGGUUGAACAGGGUCGGCUUAAUCUUGUCGUCCCAGAUCCGUUUCUGUUCCUCGAUUGUCUUCGCCGUACACAGAUCGUCAACGUCUGCAGUGACUCCACAGAUUUUGAACACAUACCGCGCCAUUCUCAACGCCCAUUUGGAAAAGCCUGUAUCGUACAAGCCACGGCCAUCCACGUUGAAGGUCUUCUCUCCUUUGGCAUACCAGUACUGGAACGCAUUGGAGGACAUGUGGGGUGCCAUCUUGGUGACCAGCAGCUCGUUGAAGCCCUCGAUCUUGCCCAGACCAAACAUUUUCCAGAUCUCCUCUCUUUUCAGCGACUUGAAUGCAGCCAGCUUCAGUUCCAUCAGAUGA